UGGAAACAGGUUCCUUGGGUCGCCGGUCGCAGGUGGGAUAUGUUGUUUGAACCAGAAAGAGACCAUGGACUUGUUUUCGGACCCUGGAAAAAAAACUGAAGACUUUGCCAUAAAACAUAGUAUGUACUUAUUCAACGCAUUUGCUAAGCUGUAGCUGAUUCGAUUAAAGAUUUCUCAUUUCUGGGAUUGUGGCUGUUGAAAAUUUUCAGUUUAUGAAGUGGGUCAACAAGGUUUUCCAUGGUAAGAGUUUAACUACAUAUCAUGAGAACUGAGAAGCGCACGUCAGAAGUUGCUUCUUUAUAUAUUUUUGGUAAAUGGGUUGUUUCACAUAAUUGAUCUCAUGUCUGGCCUAAGAUUUCUGCUAACUCAUAGAUUAGAUUGCAAAACUGAGAAGAAAAUAUGGUAAUUCAGUAUCUAUUUGCUGUUGGUAGUAAGGUCUUGACAGGUGUUUUUCUAUAAUUAUAGUUGCCCCUCAUUGGCAUGGAAAUUUCCACUAGCGAGAACAUCCGUCUUCCUUCAAUAGGAUUCCGCAACUGUUACAAAGUUGCAAGCAUUACUAAGACAAUUUUGGACGCAACACAAAUAUCUAAUCUGAGAGGUCGGUAUGUUCUUGGGGGGCAAUUAGGAUGGGGGCAGUUUGGUGUGAUUAGGGCCUGCUCGGAUAAGUUAACUGGUGAGGUUUUGGCUUGCAAGUCCAUUGCUAAAGAUAGGUUGGUCACACCAGAUGAUUUCAGCAGCAUCAAGCUUGAGAUUGAAAUAAUGUCUAAGUUAUCCGGACACCCAAAUGUUGUGGAUCUCAAGGCAGUUUAUGAAGAUGAGGACUUUGUGCACUUGGUUAUGGAGUUAUGCGCAGGAGGGGAACUUUUCCACAGGCUUGAGAAAUAUGGAAGGUUUUCAGAGUUUGAGGCUCGCGUUCUUUUUAAGCAUUUGAUGCAAGUGGUCAAGUACUGUCAUGAUAAUGGCAUUGUUCAUAGAGAUCUAAAACCGGAAAAUAUUCUCUUAGCAACUAAAUCCUCAUCCUCUCCAAUUAAACUGGCAGAUUUUGGUCUUGCUACCUAUAUAAGACAGGGGCAAAAUUUGCAAGGUACUGUUGGUAGCCCAUUCUAUAUAGCCCCAGAGGUUUUGACAGGGGGUUAUAAUCAAGCUGCUGAUGUUUGGAGUUCAGGAGUUAUUUUGUAUAUUCUUCUAAGUGGAAUGCCGCCUUUUGGGGGGAAGACUAAAUCAAAGAUCUUUGAUGCUGUUAGGGCUGCCGAUCUAAGAUUCCCUCCUGAUCCAUGGGAUCACAUCUCUGUGUCUGCCAGGGAUUUGAUCACUGGAAUGCUUUGUGUAGAUCCUGCUAAGAGGCUCACUGCUGCACAGGUUCUGGCUCACCCCUGGGUGGAGGAUUGCAGACAGGUAGUUCAAGAAGCAAACAAGCACAACAAACAUGCUUGCAGAGAGCUCGAAGUAGGAGGAAGUUCUUUCUCUGCACUGUUCAUCAAAAGAAAUCAGGAUUAUAGCUUUACCGAUGGAUCACCUGUAUCUACUGAUGGCCAGCUGGAAACACCUGCAUUCAUUUGCAAAUCAUUGUUUUCUUCUUUCUUAGUUGAAAAUGGCAGUUCUUGCACUGAAUCUGAAGGUUUUUCAUUUAGCAGUUGCUGUCAAUCAAGUGCACCAGAAUUUUCAUCCCCAAUUCCAUCAAUGCCGAGCUUUACUUUCUUCAGUCCAAUAGCUGCUGUUGAACCACUAAGUAUUUCAGUGGAAACUAAAGUCGGGACAUCAAAGAUGGGUGAUGAAUAUGGAGAAUCAAACUUAGUAAAGCUAUCUAAGUUGCCAGAUUCUUCAGUUCCAGUGGAAGAAAAAACAAAAUUUCGUAGGGGAGGACCCAAUGGAUCCCGCCUUGCAGGCAUUCAUAGUAAAAGGAAUCACACUAUCGGUCUUGGUGAGAUUGAUCACUUUCAUCUCAUGGUGACUGAGUCAGUAAUCCGUUGGGCAUCCUGUACUCAUAUUCCCACCGCGCCAUCGCUUUGAUCAUCACUUGUCUGCUAGAAAUGUUUAUACAAGACUGACCAUACUGCUGGGCAAAAGGGAACAACUACCUAUACUGAUAUUGACAGAAACAGAAAAAAGAAAAUGUGACAGCCGGGAACUUAGAUGCAGAUAUGAUAUAUUUAUCAAAUCUGAGGAGAUGAGCUCUGGUACAGGGAAUCUGCUUGCUUUAAUUGAUGUUGUGUUUUGAGUGAUGAUGCUUUUCUGAUUUUGAAGGAUUGAAAUUGGCAUAUGUACCGAGUCACAUGAUGAAAUAGUCUAGAACUUCUGAUUCAUCUCUAAGAAGCAGCCCUUGUACCAAAAAAAAAAGAAGUGCGUUUGCCGGGAGUCGAACCCGGGUCUAUUGCUUG